ACAGUCGCUAGGUAAGUGUAGCCAUGUGUUUAUGUUCCAGCGAGUACGUUGCUUACUGAGGUGUUCUUCACUAUGAGUUUGGCGCGGACUGGCGGAACGACGAAACAAUGUCCAGAUUGUUAAAGAUGUCGUGCGAAUGCACCGGCAACGGUGAUCACCGCAAACCAGCAAGUAUCUUGUCGUUCCUGUCGUAUGUGAAGCCGGGUCAUCUGAUUGCUGGAGUAUCCGGUGGUGUAGCUUCAACCUUAGCUGUACAUCCGUUUGACUUGUUAAAGAUAAGGCUCGCAGUGAAUGAUGGUGCGGUUUCAAGCCGACCCCACUACCGUGGAUUUCUCAACGCGGUCGUUACGAUUUUCAGUCAAGAAGGCAUCAUUGGAUUUUACCGAGGUGUUACACCCAACUGCAUCGGCGCUGGUGCCUCUUGGGGUUUUUAUUUCUUCUUCUACAACGCCAUCAAAUCGCAGUUGUCAUUGAGUGCUCGCAACGAACAUCUCGGACCGGGGCAACACAUGCAGGCCGCCGCCGAGGCUGGAGUUCUGACAUUGCUUAUGACAAAUCCGAUAUGGGUUGUGAAGACGAGGAUGUGCCUACAGUACAACACAUCACAACUGCCAGAUGAACUGCGAUAUAAGAGCACGUGGGACGCCCUGAGAAAAAUAUACCACUGCGAUGGGGUUAGGGGCCUUUAUCGAGGCUUCAUACCAGGCGUCUUUGGAGUGUCGCACGGUGCGCUGCAGUUUAUGGCUUACGAGGAAAUGAAGAAGUUCUACCACAGCUACUACGGCGCCGGCAGUCAACUAGGCACGCUUGAGUAUCUCGUCUUUGCCGCCCUCUCGAAACUUUUCGCGACCACAUUGACGUACCCUUAUCAGGUAGUGCGGGCGAGACUACAGGAUCAGCACAAGAAGUACUCCAGCAUCGCCGACUGCAUAUCGAGGACUUGGCGAUUUGAAGGCUACGGGGGUUUUUACAAGGGCCUAGUGCCGAACGUACUCCGCGUGACCCCGGCUACUGCAAUCACAUUUGUGGUAUACGAGAACAUUUCCAAGUGGCUUGUCAACACUUAGAUUACGACGCAAGAAAGUGCACAGUGUAUACAAUUGACAAGUUGUUUUAGUGUCACAAAAUAUGUGCUUUUCACACAUGCUAUUGUUUCUAAGAUGCCUUGAGUUCAUUUAGCCAAAGAAAAAACAUGCGGUGCAGUGUGCGGUUUUGUGUUAUUGUGGCUGAAACUAGUCAUACAACGACGAAGCAUAAAUGUGCAUUGUAGUGAUGGCUCACUGUACUUAUGCGUAUUGGUAGCGUGUUUUCUUUUUCAUCGUUUUAAAUAAAUAUUUGAAACAAGAA